AGUGCGCGCAGUGCACAGUUGCAGAUAGCACGCGCAGCGCAGGAGCGUCGCUCACGAGCUCUUUACCAGCGUCCGGUCAGUCGGUGUCACUCUGGGGAGGUAGUGCGAUCCUCGGCAGUGUUCUGAGACUGCACUAGCUGCUCCGGUCAUUACUGGAAAUGCCAUGUGAAUGGACACUACGGAGGAUUAAUAACUAAACAAAGGCAUUUGUGAAAAAAUAUAUAACACGUUUCAUUUAUUAGAUUUUUUUCGUAAAACUUAAGUUGAAUUAAUUAUACGCAAGACAGAGUUGUCUUCAGCAUAGGCUCACCAUGACAGCCGAGAGAGAGAAAAGAAGGCAUCCUUCAGAAAGGCGCAAGGAAAAGUCCCGCGAUGCAGCGCGCUGCAGGCGCAGUAAAGAGACAGAAGUAUUCUAUGAGCUGGCCCAUCAGCUGCCCUUACCCCGCAGCAUCAGCUCCCACCUGGACAAAGCCUCUAUCAUGAGACUAGCUAUCAGCUUCCUGCGCACACGCAAACUUUUCAACUCAGGCUGCACAGUACAACGAACCCGGACACAGGAUGACAGCCAGAUGGACAGUCUAUAUCUGAAGUCUCUGGAAGGCUUUGUCGCUGUGGUAACAUCAGAUGGAGACAUGAUAUUCCUUUCAGAUAACGUCAGUAAAUUUAUGGGUCUUACGCAGGUAGAACUGACAGGCCACAGUAUCUUUGACUUCACGCACCCCUGCGAUCAUGAAGAAAUCCGAGAGAAUCUCAGUGUCAAAUCAGAACCUGUGUAUGGCAGAAGAGGGAAAGACAUGAGCAUGGGCAGAGAUUUCUUUAUGAGGAUGAAAUGUACAGUCACCAAUAGAGGUCGCACUGUCAACCUCAAAUCAGCCAGCUGGAAGGUGCUGCAUUGCACGGGGCAUCUCCAAGUGUGCAGCAGCCACCCCCCUCAAGUCUUCUGUGGGUUUUCGGAGCCACCCCUCACAUGUGUCACAAUGCUGUGUGCGCCGAUCCCACACCCUUCAAAUGUUGACACACCUCUCGACAGCAAGACAUUCAUGAGCAGACACAGUAUGGACAUGAAGUUUAUCUACUGUGAUGAGAGAGUAAGCAGCCUGAUCGGGUAUAAGCCAGAGGAACUUGUUGGCCGUUCAGUGUAUGAGUUCUGCCAUGCUUUGGAUUCUGAAAGCAUGACGAAGAGCCACCAAAAUCUUUGUAAUAAGGGUCAAGUGGUGAGUGGCCAGUACAGAAUGCUAGCCAAGAACGGGGGCUACGUCUGGGUGGAGACCCAGGCAACUGUCAUCUACAACAAUCGCAACUCCCAACCGCAGUGCAUCAUCUGCAUCAACUAUGUCCUGAGUUCUGUUGAGGAGCAGUCUGUCAUCUUCUCCCUGGAUCAGACGGAGUCUCUGUUCAAGCCCUACCACAUGUGUAGCAUGGGAGAACUGUUCAGCCAGGGCAGAGCUUCCUCAGUUUCAGAAGCUGAGGACAUUCUUUUCACUAAGCUCAAGGAGGAGCCCGAGGAGUUAGCUCAGUUAGCGCCCAUGCCAGGAGACGCCAUCAUUGCCCUGGACUUUGAUAGGCCAGAUUUUGAAGAACAGACUUUCUUUUCCAAGUCCACCAAGCCACCUAUGGUAGGACCAUCAUGGGUUGUGGACACACCCCCUGAUGGCAGUCUUGAUAGAAAACUGUCCAACAUGCCCUCCACCUUUACCAGACCCCAGGUUCCUCCUGCAGGCAAAUGCACGUCUUGUUCCACACUCUGCUUAAGCGGCCGCAGCAGUUGUUCUACACCUAGCAGUCCAGUAGAUUACUGUGGCAGAGGAGAGUUUGAUCUGAAGGUGGAGCUGACAGAGAAGCUAUUUGCCCCUGAAUCUGUAGCAACAAAUCCUACUGGCUCCCAGUUGGACCUGAGCAAUCUGGACCUGGAGACUCUUGCUCCAUACAUCCCAAUGGAUGGUGAGGACUUCCAGCUGCACCCCAUCUGCCUGGACGAGCCAGUGCCUGACACAGGUCCAGGCCUGAGCACAGCCCUGCAGCACAGCUUCAGCAGUGUAGCUGACCUCUUCCAGCCACUGAGUCCAUUCCCUCCUGACAACAAAAGCAGCACUAGCACACGUUCAGACACGGCUCAUGUGCAGCCUUACCAAACCACACCAAACAUCCCACUUUCCUCUAAGGAGGGUAGACAGAGUCUUCAGUGGCCCUGUGACCCACCCUCACAGUAUGAACGUACAGAUAUUGGAUGCAUGGAUGACCGAAGCAUAGCAUAUCCAGGACAAACAUGCGAUUUCAAUGCUGCAUUAACACAGCAAAGAUUUUAUGAGAGCUUUGCCCCUGUACAGAAAGGCAGGAAUGUGGGUCAGAUAACGCUCGUCAACAAAUUUAAACGGAAGAGGCAAGCAGAUUACAGUUCGUCAUGCUCUUUCACCGAUAUUUUAAAGAAGGUGUCAGCUCCUCACGAGUCUGCAGAUGGAAUGCAGAAAAGGAUAAAGAUGAUGAACCUCGACAGCUGCGCUUUCUCUGUCAGAAAGUCUCUUAGCACAAGUGUGCUAACAGAUAAAUUUCCAUUUAUGCCAAGUGGAUUGGUUUCUCCUCACGGCUGCAGUCAGUCUCCCAGUAACAGACAAUACAACAUGAUGCCUCUACACAAACACACAGGCAUAAUAAGUCAACUGUUAGGCCCAUCAUUUGACUCGUACUGUCUGCCAGAGCUGACACGAUAUGACUGUGAGGUAAACAUGCCUCUACAGGGAAACCUGCAUCUGCUUCAGGGCAGUGACCUCUUGAGAGCUUUGGACCAGACCACGUAGACCCAGAGCUUCUGCAGUGAUCCAUUCACCCAACUUUGUCUAUAUAAGCUAUUAUCUUCUACGCGUGUAUUAUCAGUCUUUAUUUAGAUGUAUUUGUACAUUUUCCUUUAAGACCUGUGUAAUAUUUUAAUAUAUAUUUGAAAAAUGUGUUUGGACAUACCACGUUUUGUGCUAUCUUAAACUCUAAGAUUGUCCUGAGCCUUCAGAUGCUAAGUGUUCUUACCAUUUAUGGUCUGAUUUAACAGAUGUUUCACUGUUGCAAAUUAUAUCUCAACUAAAACAAAAUAUAUACAAUAUAUAAUAAUUUAGUUUCAUUUGAAACUUAUUCAUUCAGCUUGGAAUACAACUACUGUGUUUGUAUAAA